GGCGCCAGUCGUUUUGGUUGCCAAGAUCUCGUUCACGCAAUUAAUCGUGGGUGGAUAGGAUGAAAAUUGAAGAAGUUCGGAGUACGUCGAAGACACAGCGGAUAGCCGCCCACACUCAUGUGAAGGGGUUAGGUUUAGACGAGAAUGGUACUGCACUAUCGAAUGCCUGUGGGCUUGUAGGGCAAGAGUGUGCCCGGGAGGCUGCUGGGAUUGUAGUUGAAAUGAUCCGGUCGAAGAAAAUGUCUGGGCGUGCAGUCUUGAUGGCAGGACCUCCUGGAACAGGGAAGACUGCAAUUGCUUUAGCUAUUGCUCAAGAUCUUGGAGGGAAAGUCCCGUUCUGUCCAAUGGUUGGAAGUGAAGUCUACUCGUCUGAAAUAAAGAAAACGGAGGUCCUAAUGGAAAACUUUAGAAGGGCGAUAGGCUUGCGUAUAAAAGAAAUCAAAGAAGUUUAUGAAGGUGAAGUAACCCAGUUAACACCUGUGGAAACUGAAAGCCCAACUGGAGGCUUCGGAAAAACUAUUAGCCACGUCAUCAUCAGUUUGAGAACCGCAAAAGGUGUCAAACAGUUAAAAUUAGACCCAUGUAUUUACGAGAGCCUCCAAAAAGAACAUGUUGAAGUCGGAGACGUAAUUUAUAUUGAGGCAAAUUCAGGUGCAGUAAAACGUCAGGGGAGGUGUGACGUGUACACAGCUGAAUAUGACUUGGAGGCAGAUGAAUAUGUUCCUCUGCCUAAAGGAGAAGUACAUAAGAAGAAGGAUGUGGUACAAGAUGUCACGUUGCAUGAUCUGGAUGUUGCCAAUGCCAGACCGCAGGGAGGACAGGAUAUUGUUUCAAUGAUGGGUCAACUCAUGAAACCUAAAAAGACUGAGAUUACAGACAAACUUAGAAAGGAAAUCAACAAAGUCGUAAACAAAUACAUUGAUCAGGGUAUCGCUGAACUAGUUCCAGGUGUUCUGUUUAUUGAUGAGGUACAUAUGUUAGAUAUCGAAUGUUUCACAUAUCUUCAUCGAGCCUUGGAAUCAACUAUCGCACCUAUUGUUAUCUUCGCUACUAAUCGUGGGAAAUGUACUAUAAGUAAUUAAAUUGAAGUGGAAAAUGAGUGAGGCAUAAAAUUUUAACAGUCACUUCCGGACUGAUUUAUUCACUUGUAAGUCACAUUCAGUAUUGCAUUCUUCCUCUUAACCAAAGGGAAUAGGACAUGUUUUCAAUCUGUUUACGGAUAAGGGGGAGACCCAAUGUACUGUUGAUUAUUGCCUUCGAAGAAGUAUUGUGAUGCUCACGAAUUUACAUUGGCUAGUGUCUAUCAAAAUAACUUCAUUCUAAGUCAGAAUGGAUAGGUAAGAUGAUUUCAUUCCAAUGACUUGGAGAGUGGUGCCUUAUGACAACUAUUUGCUUUACUCGAAGCUACAAGUUUCUGCCUCCGAAAGUUUGCCUUAGUCUGAAUAUCUGGGCAGUGUCUCAUCCCUUACCCAAAAUGGGAGAUGAAAACUCAAUGAAAAUUCCAAUCCUAUUCCGCGCUUCUACAACAUAUCAAGUUAGCCCAGGAGUAAAAACUACUUCUAUGCUACUUAUCACCACGUUCACCUAUCUACAUAAUGUUGUAAAACGUGCUAUGUUGCUAUCAUAUUUAGUUUCCAGUUUUCCACUGACUUUCGUAUUUCUAACAGCCGUUUCUAAUUCACUUGUUCAGUCAACAAACAUAUUACCUUGUCACAAAGCGGUAGUUAAGCAGCAAACUUGAUAUUUGCUUGGAGUACGUAUGUAGUGGUAACUUUGUAAGCCUGCACACUACAUUUAUACUUCCAU